AGUCGCUGUUAAAGUUUCCAUUCAUAACACAUAAAUUGUGUGAUGGAUAUUGACGCAUCCUUUUUGACAAUGUAUUGUCCUACUUUCAUCUAAUGCACGUAGGCUUACUGUAUUAUUGUGUAUUUUGCUCUGAUUUGUGAUUUCUAUAGGCUAGUGAUGUAAUUGCAUUGUUGUGGUUUGCCGUUGCGCUUAUGGUUACUUGUUUUUUUUAAUUUGAGUUUAGCAUAUACAAAUAAUUUUCAAAAGGAUUGGGUAAAGUCAUACCGCACUUGUCUUAAUAAUUCUAGGUUUCGCAAGACCGGGUUUCUAGACCAACAGCAGCCUAUAUACGUAUGUCUGUGGAGAGAAAUGGGAAGGCAACAGUGACAAGUCUUCCUUUUGCGGCUCUGUCAUCCUCUGGAUUUCAAACCACAGAAGUGUGAACACGUAUUUCUUUCUCAUCCUCUCUGGGUCCAGUACUAAUUUGAGAAGGAACGCUGUGACAGGUUAACGGUUAACCUAAAGGAGAUAUCAAGUUUGUCGCUACAGAGGUUUUUGUAGUAACCCAUAUCGGUUACUACACAGUAGUUUCAACCGAUAUCUGCUUCUGCUUGAUUAGUUUUUACAACAUAAUAGCCUACAUAUUUUUAUAUUGCAUAAUACUAGAAAAAAGCAUCGUUGUUUUCUGAACUGGUGCUGCAUACUUAGUCAAUUUCUUUAGAGGUAUGAGAGAGACAUCACAGCGAUGAAAAUGCGUAUUUGGACUACAUUUCAUCUCAUUUUGGGUGUUUUGAUCGAGAUCCAGGUCCAAUGUUUUCAAGAAGGAAUAUGCCGUCAAAAAGCUCCUCCACGUGGUGUGCAGGUGCUGGCCCCAGGUACUGAGGUGACCCUGCACUGCAGUGGCCGGAUCUCUGUGAACGGUGUGGACAUCGCACAGACCGGCGGGGCCUCCACAGGAAGGACAGAAGGCGAUGUCAGAGAAGGGCCGGGCAAGGAAGGAGUCCAUGCCAGGCCGGACGGUGGUGUGGAGACCAUCCGCGCCAACCGGUCCGAGUUAAUGGAGGAACCGGAUUUGGCCGGUGGUGCAGGGGACACGGUCAACCUGACCAUGGAGGAGAGGGGCGGGGUGGGCACGGGGCUGAACGGGAGCGAGGUGGGGGGGGCGGUGCAAAACGCCAACGCAUCUGGCUCAGACGGGGCGUACGCUGGGGCCCCGGGGACAGAGGGGCGGGAGGCCAGGGUGCAGUGGAGGGUGAACGGACGUCUCGGGACGAGGGGAGAGGAAGAAGGGGGCACACUGCGGCUCGCCCCCCUCCGUCUGAGUCACAAGGGAAACUACAGCUGCCACCGAGGGGGGAGAAAGGUUUUUUCCGUUGAGAUCGUUGUUGCGGCCCCUCUAGAGCAGCCCACCCUCUCUUGCUACAGGAGGACACCCACCAGCAAGAUCCGCUGUGAUUGGACAGCCAAUCAAUCAGUGACCCCGACCCCACAGUGCUCUCUCAUUAUGAAGAUGGGGCUGUACGGCGAGCUGACGGAGGAGCAGUGCUCCUUUUCUCCCUCGCGGGCUCGCUGCUGGUGCGUGCUGGAGCGCAGGGAUGUGGAAAAGAGCGCUUUCCAGGCAACCCUGUGCCUGACCAGCGUUACCGGCAACGUCACGAGUCCCACCAUUCAGGUCCAUCCGAAGAACAUCAUUAAACCGGACCCCCCGGCCAAUGUGACGGUGCAUGCGCAGGACGGCAUGGAGCACAGGCUGAAGGUGACUUGGAAGUACCCGCGCACCUGGAGCUCAGCUUUCUACCGUUUGAAGUUCCACCUGCAGUACUUCCCCAUCCAGAACGGGGAGGCGAACGAAAUGGAUGUGCACACCAAGAGAGGGCACCACACCAUCAACGACGUCCUGUCACGGACCGCCUACCUGCUGCGCGUCAGGGCCAAGGAGGAGUUUGAUUUGGGCCAGUGGAGCGACUGGAGCCCCCCUGUGUAUGCACGCUCAUGGACAGCCCCAGAGCCCAGUGCCUCCAGUGAAGUUCACGUCGGCUCAGAAACUAACCCCCUCGACCCCUUUAUGACAGGGUCUGGCGAUUGGUCUGAGAAUGAAUUACCACCUGGAGAGUUAGUGUCCCCAUCCAUACUCCGUCCCACACUGACCUUCCACUUGUCCUGGGUGCUUGCAGCCUGCGUGCUCGUGACAUUCAUAGGGCUGGCGGUCUACAUCCUCAGACACAGAAAGCAGCUCAUAUCUAAACUUCACAAGCUGGUUCGAAGCUCCGCCUCACACACUCCAGCUCCGGCCCCCUCUCAGCUGCCCAAAGAAGAAGGGAGCCCCCUAGUGUCCCCGGGGCCUUCUGCACCUCCCUUACAGCACAAAGAAGACAGGGGUGAGGGCAUUCACCUCAACAAUAUGGGCUACUUCCUGGUACAGACAAAUUGAGAAAAGAGAACAUCGGAGAUGUGUGCAAAUUCAUUGCUGUAGUCAAUACACAGUACUCACACGCUCACACACACACACACACAUACACCAUGCAAUCGACUAAAACACUGUGUGUACUUUUUAUAAAUUGUACGCACGGUUUGCGCAAACCAUUGCAUAUGUCAUGUCUGGGGCGCUUCACAGUGUGCAACUCGAGUAGCCUACCAACACCAAGGUCUCAAAUAUGGGCUCACCCCAGGGUUGUGUCCUGUCCCCCCUACUUUUUAUAAUUAUCGUUAUAAUGUGCCCCUUAGGAGAACAAACCGCUAUUAUAAGUCCUUCAUUCCUUCCGCUAUCAGGCUACUAAACACCGACAGUAGUCAUUUUAAAUGACUGUUACAUUCUUUUAAACUCGGUUAUUUAUAUGAACUAUAACAAAAUGUUUUAUUUUAUUUAUUGCUGCUCGUUUCCUUGUAUCGACUCAUGUAUGUUGAUCUGUUGCCUCUGACAUAUAACUACCUUUUCUGUGAGUUUUCGAGCUGCGUGUAUGGACUGGGUAAGCUGCAAAUGAAUUGCCCUUCUUGGGAUCAAUAAAGUUGUCUGAAUCUGAAUCUGAAUAUGUACUAUGAGGAAAUAGAACUGAACACACAUGAAGUUUGUGUAAUGGAAUAAGUGCUGUAUACCCACGCUAAUGUGCAACAGAAAAAGAAUGUGCCAGAAUCGAUUACGUUGUAAAUAUUUCCUUUGUUAUUUUUUUGUUUUUGUAAAUAUAUUUUUGUUAAAUACAUCUAUGCAUUUUUUUUUUAUCAUGUCAAUAAGUAUUUUUAACAUAAAUGAGUUAUGAAAGGUG